AUGGAUACACAGCACGCCUUUGGCGACCUCGGCGCCAAGAUCAGCUUCUCACUCGGCCAGGUGCUCACAUCGGAGGAGAAGCUGACGAGGUUUUACAUUGCCGUGCUGACGGCGGGCGUCGCGUCUACUUUACCGAUCGCUUUCUUGAAUGAACCUUUGGCAGCGAGUAAUCGGUCAUCGGCGAGACUCUCUCGACUGAAGCUCUAUGGAUAUGUCCUUCUCAUGGUUGUUGAGGCGACCCUGCUUGCCUCAUGGUAUCUUCUUCCCACAUUUUAUGCCGCAAAGUCGCCCGCAGCUGCUCUGGUCAAAUUUGCGGUGGCUUGCGUCACUGGCCCAGCCAUUGACAUGGAAGCGAAACGUCCACAUUCCUGGCUCCUCUCCUCUAUAUUCCUCGUACUUGCAGGUUUAGGCGAUAUAAUUGGUCUUAGAUUAUAUCUCCACAGCUCUUCAGCUCACUUUGCCGCUGGUGUCAUGUUGUCAGCUGCCUGCUGCAGAGCCUCUCUUCUCUUCAUCCAACUAGCCCUACCGCGUCAGAUACCGGCUAUCAUUGCGGAAAUGACAAAGCCGUAUCACGCAUGGCACUGGGAAAUGCUUGAAUUACUGCAAUCCACAAUUCUGUAUGGAUUUCGCAAGAUUUCUGAUGUCGAGUCCCUCGGGACUCUAACUCCCGAACUUGACCCAGAGCGGCUUGCAAAAUUAUUCGACGAGCACUGGCAAGCAGCCGAUAAAACAUCGGAGCAAUGUCUCCUUGGCGUUUGCAAAAGAGUUUUCCAGAGCGCAACCUACCCUGGUAUCGUCGCGAGAGUUUUUGGAUCUUUAUUUGUCUACACCCAGCCGUUUCUGCUGGAGCACAUCAUUCUAUUUUUCGAAAAGCCACUUUCUGAGUCCAGAACAAGUCUGGUUCUAUCGACAGCUAUUGCCUUCGCGGGUAGCUCGAUUUCAAUUGCGCUAUAUAAUCGUAUUAGUGAUCGGACACACACAGCGCUGAACGGCAUGCUUUCACUCAUCGUAUUCCAAAAACUUGACCGCCUUGGUCAAAAUCAGGCACUGACGUCCGCAACGCCAAGCCUCAUCGACGGAGAUGUCGCCUCGAUAUGCGAUGGAUUCCAAGCGAUGUAUCGCGCUAACAACGACGCUCUACAUAUCGUUUUAGGCAUAGCCGUGCUAUUCAAGUUUGCUGGCUCAGGGUGCUUGGUUGUUGUCAUUGGAGUCAUGAUAUCGACUGCUAUGGAGGCUCUUGUCCGCAACCGAGUAGCUUCGACAUAUUCAACAUGGACAAUGAACAACCAGGAAAAGUCCACGGAGACUUCUGAGAUCCUGUCACAGCUGCAGAUCAUCAAAACACUUGGACUCCAAUCCGUGGUGGCGGACAAGCUCCGAAAAUUGCAGGCGACAGAAUUCGAAUUGUGGCUGAAAGCGAGCCGUUUCAUUCGAAGUGAAAAAGGCUUUAGAACACUACUACUGCGCCUUUGUCUACUUAACCACGAUCUCGACAAGCUUGAGCAAGGCGACGAGUAUGUAGUAGGCCACAAUGGAAUGAAUCUCAGCGGUGGCCAACGUCACCGAAUAGCCUUGGCCCGCGGUGUAUAUUCGCGAAUGGGCACCAUUGUACUCGACGACAGCUUCGGGUCUCUUGACCUCAGAAGCGCAAUUUCGAUUCUCUACAAUCUUUGUGGCAGCAACGGUUUCCUGCGGCAGGAGAGACGCACAGUCCUGAUCUCCACGUAUAUGGAGGAGUGUUUCGAUAUAGCGGAUAAUCUGUUGGUAUUUGAUGGCCACGGUCAUGUCACACUCCGACGCAACUCUAGCAACGAAGCCAACCUUCGUCGGUCUUUAUCCACCUUUUCCUCGCCCAUUGAGCUAAAUCUCGAAGAGGAGGAUCACAAGCAGCUUGCUGCCAUAUUGAGAUCCAGGCGAAUUCGCGAUUCCCUCGUUGCAGAAUCUAGCAGAUCAGAGGCCAGCAACGUUGACCAAGGUUGGAAAACCUUGGCAUUUGUGUCCAGUCAUGCAGCAUCGCUCGCGGCUAUUGCAUGCGACCCUUGCUGGAACUUGGUUAUAGGCGCUACGGAAAAUCUUCCAGAAUACUUGAUGGGAGUUUGGCUCCAGCGCGGCCCAGGCCAGAUUGUUUUCCCUGUUAUAUUUUUAGCCUUGACUGUCGCCAGCACAUUUGCAUUUUUUAUGCGAUCCACGCAUCUCAGUAACAAAGUGGAGCGCCACGUUGACAGGGCACUGAGUGACUUACUCAUCAAAACUGUUCUCAGUUCCACCCCGGCUUACAUCGGAGCGACUGACACAACACACCUUCUGAACCAAUUUGAUAAAACUGUCAAAGCAGCUGCACGCCAUUUGCCGCCCUGCCUGUCUAGUUCUGAUUACGUUUUCUGCACCCUUUGUAUUCGAAUAGGUGUCAUCGUAUCUGGAUACCGUGCUUGUUACGGUGCUGUUGGCAUGGGCAACCUCCCAGCAGUCGGCCUCUUCGCUAUACGAUUUUUCACAAAUACGGAAAAGAAUUUAAACUCAGCUUCGGAACUGCUGAGAAUGCUAGAGAAUGUGCCGCGUGAGCAUGAGAUUGAAGGCACGGGAUUGCCUGCGUAUUGGCCGGAGCGCGGUGAUGUGCAACUCUUUGACGUAACAGCACGCUACGGGUCAUCGAAUGCGUCGUCACCAGCUCUGAGCAAUGUCUCGCUAUCUAUAAAUUCCGGCCAGAAAGUGGCCAUUGCUGGUAGGACAGGAAGCGGCAAGACCUCUCUUUUUCUAUCCCUUCUAGGAUUGCUGCAAUAUGACGGCAGAAUUACUAUUGAUGAUGUGGAUAUAUCUACCAUCAAUCGUGAUGUUCUAAGGUCACGUAUCAUCACCUUAACAUUCGACCCUUUACAGCUACGUGAUACUGUUAGACAUAAUCUCAUGCCUUUCAGAUCUCAAUAUGAUGUUCAGGGGACUCCACUCAUUGGCGAUGACCACGUUCGCAAUAUACUCGAUGGCCUAGGACUCUGGACUAAAAUUUCAGACCGCGGCGGUCUUAAUGCUAUGUUGCACACCGUCAGGCUUUCGAGAGCUGAAAUGCAACUAUUUGGUAUCGCGCGAGCAGGGCUCCAGCACAUGUUGACGAGGGGAAGGCUUGUUCUGAUGGACGAGGCAACGAGCGCGCUCGACACUGUCACCGACAAGCUUGUUCAGGGAGUAAUAAGUCAAGCAUUCCCUGGCUGCACCAUCUUGAUGAUUGCCCAUCGUCAGGUAACAGUACGAGAUGCGGGCAAAUUUGUCGAACUCUCCGAUGGAGUCGUGACAUCAGUCAGGGAUGUUUCUCAGAAUACUUCGAAUCAUGGCGACGAGGCGAGGAUCUCAAAGGAUCAACUAGCCGAAUCAGCUGGUGGUGGCACCAUUAGACAGACCACGCCAGAGCGAAUCACUGCAGCCUCAACACGAUGUCGCACAUUGCCAUAUCGCCUGCCAUUCUCUACUGGAAACGAAGACGGCUCCUCCAACAUUAGCGCAAUCUCCUCUGCUUUUUGGCUUGUGGAUCGCUGCAUCCUUGGAUCCGCCGCUGGAAGCCAAACGCCACAAAACAUCCUUCGCAGCGGCCACUGCACUGUCAACCUCCCUGAAGACGACUUGGUAGCGUCGGUGAAUGCGCUGGCCACCACUACUGGUACGCCGGAGCCAUCGGCCAGCAAGAUUGCACGGGGCUAUCGCCAUGUCAAGGACAAAUGGACCGUCGCGGGCCUAACACCACAGGUGUCGGACUUGGUGCCCGCGCUGCGCAUUCGAGAAUGCCCGGUGCAGAUGGAAUGCGAGCUUGUCGACAGCCACGGUCUUAUGCAGGACGCGCCGACGAUGGCAGGCGCACUUAUUAUUCUUGAGCUCAAGGUGCUACGUGUACAUGUGCUGGAGCGCCUCCGCAUGCCCGGCCAUGUGAAUCGAGUCGAUCCGGAUAGGUGGCGUCCGAUGAUAAUGUCCUUCCAGCAGCUAUAUGGACUUCGGGACACGAAGAUAGCGCCCAGUCAGCUUGCCGAGAUUGACGAAGAGCUGUACCGACUGCCUGCUCAGACUCGCUCUACUGCGCCUUAG